AAAAAGUCAGCCCUCUGUGGCCAGGGUCUUGCGGGCUGUCGCCUCGUGCGCGGGCUCUGACGCCCAUACUCUCGCCUUCCAGCUCCACGUGAAGGACCUGAACGAGACCAUCCAGUACAUGCACGACCACAGAAUGUUCCAGAAGAUGGUGUGGUACAUCGAAGCCUGUGAGUCCGGCUCCAUGAUGAGGCACCUGUCCCCCGACAUCAAUGUUUAUGCCACCACGGCCGCCAACCCCAGAGAGUCAUCUUACGCCUGCUACUACGACGAGAAGAGGUCCACCUACCUGGGGGACUGGUACAGCGUCAACUGGAUGGAGGACUCGGACGUGGAGGACUUGGCAAAGGAGACGCUGCACAGGCAGUACCAGCUGGUGAAGGCGCACACCAACACCAGCCACGUCAUGCAGUACGGGAACAAGUCCAUCUCCACCAUGAAGCUGAUGCAGUUCCAGGGCGUGAAGCACAAGGCCAGCGCUCCCCUGUCCCUGCCUCCCGUCCAGCGGCUGGACCUCACGCCGAGCCGCGACGUGCCCCUCACGAUCCUCAAGAGGAAGCUGAUGGCCACCAACGACCUGCAGGAGUCCCGGCGCCUGGUGGAGGAGCUCCACCGGCAUCUGGAGGCAAGGCACCUCAUCGAGAAGUCCGUGCAGAAGAUCGUGUCCGUGAUGGCACCCUCCCAGGAGGACGCGGACCGGCUGCUGUCCUCCAGAGCCGUGCUCACGGCCCACGAGUGCUACCAGGCGGCCGUGGCACACUUCCGGGCACACUGCUUCAACUGGCACUCUCCCAUGUACGAGGACGCCCUGCGGCACCUGUACGUGCUGGCCAACCUCUGCGAAGAGCCCUACCCGCCCGACAGGAUCAAGCUGUCCAUGGACAAGGUGUGCCUCGGCUACUACUGAGCCGCCCUGCCUGCCCUGCCUCUGCACGUGUGGACGCGGGCCCCCGCCCUCCUGGGGAGUGUGGUCCGUGCCCUCCCGCCAGCGCGUGCCAGCCUUCGCCAGUCUCCUGCUUCCUGGUGCUUGGAGCAGCGCGGGGCUGGGGGGCCGACAGCGCUGAGCUGGGAGAAGCGUCUCAGCUGAGGAGGGUUUCUUCUGUCCGUUCACCGCGAGCAGCAGGAAGUGCCUGGCGUGCGUAGCCAGUGGGAGCCUGGGAUCCCGGGCGCUGGCCUGUCCGUCCUCAGAGCAGCUCCUGAGGGGGGGGGGGGGACGGCCCCAGUGGAGGUGAUUUUCCAAGGAUCCUGCCCUGGAUUGCUCCUGUACUCACUCCGCAGGCACGGACUGUUCUAGAAACCAAUAAAGGCAUAAAGGCGAGUAGCCGGACCCCAGGGGCCGUCUUGGCCCC